AUGACAAAUCUUAAGAAGCUUAGAAAGGUUGAAAAUUUAAUUAAAAUUAUUUCAGAACCUUUGGCUGCUUCAAUCGACUUUCAAUUGGAUCAUUUGACAACUUUAACGCUUCCUGCUGUGGUGUUUAUUAUAGGAAAGUUCGAGCAUCUAUCGGUCAUCAAAUUGUGGUUGGUUUUAGUCACAGUUGCCAGUUUCCUAAUUGGAUUCAUUGGUAAAACAUCAGGAUAUCGUCAUCUUAAAGCUCAUCACGAAGGCGACAAGUUGCCGUAA